AUGGGUUUGAUUUUGGCUUUUGUUAGGGUUUUGUUUCUUACGUUACUUUUGGUAUGGUAUACUGAUGCUGGAGCUAGCAAUGGCUACAAGGUUUUCAAUGUGAAGAAAUACGGUGCAGUCUCCGAUGGCAAGACAGAGAAUAACAAGGCGUUCUUGAAAGCAUGGAGUGAGGCAUGUCAAUGGCAUGGAAAGGCUAUGGUUUUGAUCCCAAGAGGAGUAUACAUUUUGGACUCGGUGCUAUUUUUAGGUGAAUGCAAUGGUUACAUGGCAUUUAACUUGAAGGGGAUUUUAAAGCCAAAAGGUAGUCUGCAGACUUCUGAUCAGUGGAUUACUUUCCGGUAUAUUAAAGGGUUCUUUCUCGGAGGCGGUGGUACCUUGGAUGGGGAAGGAUACAAGCAUUGGAACCACCAUGAUUGUCUCAAAAACCAUAUCUGCCAUCCUCUUGCCAUUUCAUUGAGACUCGAAUUUAUCCAAAAUGGGAGGGUCAGCCAUAUAAGAUCAAUCAACAGCCAGAACGCCCAUAUGUCACUCUUUGGGUGCGUCAACUUAAACAUGUCUAAUCUUAGACUAUCAGCUCCAGGUGAUAGCCCUAACACUGAUGGGAUCAAAAUUGGGAGUUCAGAAGAGAUUAAGAUUUCCAAAACAAGAAUUGGCACCGGCGAUGAUUGUGUAGCUAUACUCUCUGGAAGUAAGAACAUUAAUAUUUCUCAAGUUCAUUGUGGCCCUGGGCAUGGAAUUAGUGUUGGAAGUAUGGGAGGGGAGGGUAGUGUGACAGAGAGUGUGGUGGGAGUAACUGUGAAGGAUUGCACCUUCAACGGUACAAGUGAUGGUACAAGAAUCAAAACCUGGGCUUCCUCUACUACCGGUGUUGCUUCCAAUUUCAUAUAUGAGAACAUUCGAAUGAUGAAUGUUGGCAAUCCUAUCAUUAUCGAUCAAGAUUAUUGCCCUUACCCUCCCUGUGAUAUGAAGACGCCCUCACGCAUUCAAAUCAAAGACAUUACUUUCAACAACAUUUGGGGCACUUCUGAAUCGAAUGUUGCAGUUACUUUAAAUUGUAGUCGAACAGUUCCAUGCAAGAAUAUACUGCUAAAAGACAUCAGUUUUUUCCAUGGUCGUGGAGGUUCUAUUUAG